AUGCCAGCCCACCAAAAAGAAUUUUCCACUCCACCACCCCAUCCCCCAGCGGGCACACCCAAGGACUCUCCAUCUGCACUGCCCUGGUACUCCAUCGCGCCGGGGGUAUGGGAAUUCCUGCUAAACGGCGAUGGAGAACAUAAAGCUGUGCUGCAAUGGUGGGAGCCAAAUGCUAUCUCUGCGCAGAUAGAGCCAAUAACAUAUGACUGUAUCGAAGAGGUCUGCACCUUGCGUGGCGGACUGGAAGACCUUUCGCUCGGACAGGCAUGGGGUGUUGGAGCUUAUGCCUAUCGGGGACCUGGGAUCCAGCAUGGACCAUAUAGGGCGACGAAAAAAGGAUGUCUGCAGUUUGUGAAGGUCGUGCCGGUGAAAAAGUAG